UUUAUAAACUCAAUUAGAACAAAUUGGAUUUUCACUGGUAAACGGGUGCAGCCAUUUUGGGGAUAAAAUACCUAUAUCUUUGGGUAUUUUGAAUGUGCCUCAUGUAUGGCUACAUCAUGGAUUGGGUCUUCCAAAUUAAUGCAUGGUAUUUUUUCUUUUCUGAGUUUAAAGGUUAUACAAUCUUGUAGAAAAUUAAAACAAAUCAGGAAAUUAUAAAGAACAAAAAAUACCACCUAUAUUGUCACUUGUAAGAAUAUAUAAAAUGAAAUCAUUGAUAUGGUCUUGUGCUUGUUUUUGCCUUCUGUAAAACUAGAAAAAAUAAGGCAUUCCAUGAAUAUUUAUUCAUUAGAAGAAGGCAUCAUUAUUGAGGAUGACUUUGAGUAUGAGUAUGACUUUCUUUUCAGGGAAGUCACUUGUCACCUAAACUGAACUGAUGAAGAAGAUGAAUAAUGUGACAGAAUUCAUCCUCCUGGGCUUGACUCAAAACGUGGAACUUCAGAAAUUCUCCUUUUUUGUGUUUUUAAUUGUCUACUUGGUCACCUUGGCGGGCAACUUGCUCAUCAUGAUCACCAUCAGUACCAGUAGUGCCCUCGAAACCCCCAUGUACUUCUUCCUGUCUUACUUGGCCCUUAUAGAUGGCUGUUGUUCUUCCUCCAUGACCCCUAAAAUGCUUGCUGACACUCUUACUGUGAGAAAAAUCAUCUCUUUUACAGGAUGUAUGACUCAAGUCUUUGCUGAACAUUUUUUUGGUGCUGCUGAGAUUAUCCUUCUCACAGUAAUGGCCUAUGACCGUUACGUGGCCAUCUGCAAACCCUUGCAUUACACAACCAUCAUGAGUCACCAGGUGUGUGGCCUCCUUGUAGGAGUGGCCUGGGCUGGAGCCUUUGUCCAUGCAACCAUUCAGAUCCUCUUCACAGUCUGGCUGCCUUUCUGUGGCCCCAAUGUCAUAGAUCAUUUCAUGUGUGAUUUGUACCCUUUAUUGAAACUUGUCUGCAUGGACACUCAUACCCUUGGUCUCUUUGUUGCUGCCAAUAGUGGGUUCAUCUGUUUGUUAAACUUCCUUCUUUUGGUGGUUUCCUAUGUGGUCAUCUUGCUCUCCCUAAAGACCUAUAGCUUGGAGGGGAGACGCAAAGCCCUCUCUACCUGCGUCUCUCACAUCACCGUGGUCAUUUUCUUCUUUGUGCCCUGCUUAUUUGUAUAUCUGCGCCCAGUGAUCACCUUUUCCAUUGAUAAAGCUGUGGCUGUGUUUUAUACCAUGAUAACUCCUAUGUUAAACCCUUUAAUCUAUACGUUGAGAAAUUCAGAAGUGAAAAGUGCCAUAAAGAAGCUCCUGAUCAAAAGGUGACUUCAAU